AUGGUGACAGCUCCCAAUCCCAAUCCUACCAACACCGCAACGGCCACUUCCAAUGCUACUACUAAAUCCACGACGAAAAGUCCCAGUAAGACAGCCACCAAAGCUGGUGGAGGCACCAAGACCAAGAAAACCACAAAAAAGAGGUCUACCAAGAAGAAUACCGGCAACUCGGCGGCCACUCAGGCCGCAUUGAAUGCCUCCCGGGCUGCUCACGCGGAACUAACCGCCCAACGUAACAAGGCUGCAGCCCGACGAUCAGAUCCUCUAUGGUAUCGAGACGAAGAUGUCCUACCUUCGGCCGCCGAAGAAACUCCCAUGGCAGAACACGGCAGGAUUUUACCGGAACAGUUCCAAAUUGUCGAUACUGCCCUCCUCAAGAAUAAUCUGACGAGAAGUGAUGUGACGCCCCAAGCCUUUUAUUGCUUGUUGGAACAAGCUCGGCGCUUUGCUUACGAAAUCAUUACUGAUUCUCAAGAUUAUGCCUUCAUGGCCAACCGCACCGAGAUUGCCAAGGCCGACUUGGAAUUGGCAGACUCGUAUAGACCGGACCAUCCCACUGCCUUGCAAGCCCAGUUGCCCAAGCUCAAUUUGCUGGCCCAAACUAUCAAUCGGGUACCCUUACCACCCAUACCGACUCAAUGUUAUUCGGGCGUCUCGCUGCCCCCCAAGAAGCAUCAACUCACGGCGCGAACCUUUGAUGUAGUCAGUGGGGCGCAAGUGGCCAACAAAAUGGUGCAACCCGCACCUUCCUUGCCCGUCAAGAAACCAUCCACAUCGUCCUCUAGCAAGCAAGGCAGUAAGACGACGGCCAGCUAUGGAGCUAAUCGUGGACGUCAAAUUCCUGUGAAUAUUCAAGAGAAGGAUGGAGCCGAUCCAACCAAUACUGGAGGCACUCCCAACACUGCCCUUGGCGCUAUGCCCCCCAAUCCUGGAGCGACAACAGGAGGAGGACCCCCACCAUCCGCCAAUCCUACAACAGGUCUUACUCCCCCACCCAUGGGUGGUGCUCCCCUUGGCAAUCCCGGCGGCGGGGCCAUGGCACCCGCUCCAGGAAUGCCACAGCAGCCCAUGGGACAACAACCGCAACAACCACAAAUGGGAGGCAUGUCCUCUGGUCCUCCCAAUCCAAUGAAUAAUUAUCUUGGAAAUCCACCCGGGUUGCUGUAA